AUGGCCAAUUUCACUACAGUUUUAGAGACUCAACUUUCUCUUGAAGCCAGGCUAUUUAAGAAGAUGAAUGAGCUGGAAGCACAGUGGAAGGCCACCUCUUCACAGCCACAAGUUGAGAACUCACAGUCACGUUUGUGGGAAGAAUUUGGUGAACUCAAAUCGGAGGUGUUGUCCAUUCUACUAAUAUUGCGAGAACAAAUAUCUCAACUUUGCAAAUCUGUUGAUGACAUCGAAAUGCGGCACCGUAGAAAGUAUCUCCUUGUAGGCGGCAUCCCAGAGACUGUUGAAGAGAACCUUUCCCAGAGGGGCGGCGGUGUUGCCAUCUACUUGCGCAGUGACAUUCCUUUUAAGUUACUUUUAUCGUCUUCCUCUGCCUGCUCUGGUUCUGCAGAGUACAUCUUCUUGGAGAUUGCAGUUAAGGGUACUAUAACGGUUCUGGGUGUAGUCUAUUGUCCACCUUCGGCAGAUUACUUCAUGCAACUUGAGUCCGUUCUUGAACCACUUUGCACUGAUUACAGACAUCACAUAAUUAUGGGUGACUUCAAUACGGAUCUUCUGUCUAACACUCCGCAAUCCACUAAGCUUCUUAAUAUUGUCAAGUCUGUGAACCUUUCAAUCUUGCCAUCUGAGCCUACUCAUCAUAACCCCUCUUCCAAUGAUACACAGCUUGACUUAAUCAUAACCUCUCCUGACUUCGUUGCUGGUCAUGGUCAGUUGCUUGCUCCUGGAUUUUCAAAGCACGACCUUAUCUACAUGCAAUACCGAUUAAGGCCACCGAAAGUUAAACUCCCUUUGGUAUGGAUGCGUAAUUUUGGUCGACUUGACCAUCACAUGCUGAGGAAGGAUGCCGCUGACCUUGAUUUCUCUGGGGUGUAUGGUGCUUCGUCAGUUGAUUUGAAAAUCUCCAACCUUAACCAGUGUUUGAUCAAUUUGUACGAUGCUCAUGCCCCACUACGGGCUGUUAGGGUUAAGCGGCCUCCUGCUCCUUGGAUUAACAGGGGCAUUCGUAUGGCUAUGACUAGACGUGAUCGAUUGUUUCGGGUUUACAAGCGCGAUAGGUCGGAUUGUAAUUGGACUCUGUACAAGACUGCUCGUAAUAGGUGUAAUGGGAUGCAAGUGUCUUCCUACACAUUUUCUAACAACCUUCUAACCCCUUUCCAAUCUGGGUUUCGCCCGGGACACGGCACAACAACUGCCCUACUCAAAGUUGUGGAAGACAUUAGGCUGGGCAUGGAGAAGCAGUUGGUCACUGCUAUAGUUCUCGUCGACUUUUCCAACGCUUUUAACAUGGUAGACCACGACAUUCUGCUUGCCAUCCUGAAGUCGCUUAACUUCUCCCCAUUAUCACUAGACUGGUUCUCGUCCUACCUUCGUGAUCGUCAACAAGCUGUUCGCGUGGGUCCUAAAGUCUCCGAUUGGCGUGAUUUGGCAGCUGGUGUUCCGCAGGGUGGAUCUAAACAGAUAUCCAAGAUUGACCAUACUUCGCUCAUUCAAGUAGUUUAUGAGAACUCGUCUGUUCCAUUCAGUUGUAGUGUAAAAAACCUUGGUCUUUACAUUGACUCCUCACUAAGCUGGACCUUACAGGUGUCCGAGUGGACAAACGCGGCUGUGUUCAGCUACAACAAGGAUACUGAAAUGUGGGACAUUUUAGUUUUGGAUGGUUCAAAGAGAACAUUUACUGUACCUCGUAUCCGUCUGAUGUUUAAAGCUGAUGAUCCUGAGACAUUCUCCCAAAGAGUCAAGUUUGCUAUCGAGCUAAGAAAGGAAGUGGAAAACAACCUGAGGUUCUAUCUGUACCUGGACUGCCUGUUGCUUCACGGGCUGCCGAUUAUGCCUGAAAAGUAUAUGCCCAAGAUCCUGAAGAUGGUCCGAAUCCACCGGCAGGCCAAGGAGCUCGAUGAAGAGCAUCUUAACGCCUUAAAGGCUGAGGCGGAGUACAUGUACAUGAAGAUAGAAGGCAAAAUGAAGAUAAUCAACACGAUCCAGAACAACCGGGACGUGUACAAUUUCGUGCACGAACCCACGCCUGAGUACGAGCCGCCCGUGCCUGACUACUGUCGGUACCCGUGCGAGAUGGUGGACUUCCAAGACCGUAUGAAGUACAAUCAGUGGUACAGUCUCUACGUACUUUCGGAGGCCGUGUCCUGCAUACACAUGGUCGUCGACGAGUGCCUCAAGGUGGAGUCAAUGCUGUUCUUCACGGCUAACUACGGACGCAACGUAAGCCUUGCCGAGUUCGAUGCAGCGCAACAACACUGCACGUCCAUGAUGCUCAAGUACCUUAACAUCACUUGGCUCAACAACACCGCGCACGCCAUCCGCAUGUGCUUCCGCGACGUUGGCAAGGGGUGGUAUAACAUAUACGAAAAACAGUGGCGUUUCUACCUCGUCAGCAAGCUGUGUCGGUUCAUGCAGCUCGUGCGUUUCAGAAUGCAGUACGCCCUUCGCUAUUGCAUCGAGCAGUCGAUGUUAUUCUUCGUGAACAUGUGUGAGACGCCCUGCCUUUGCACGUACGUCUGCGAGGACGACUUCGUGUGGAACUCACAAGAUCUCAUCAACACGCCUUUCCGAUCUCCCACUGUCACCUUAUUCUACUUCUACCUACUUAUGAAAGAGGAUGGGCCGUAUUACAGCACCGAUCCUAAGCAGUUCGAGAUAGUGAUUCAGCGGCUUUUCCGCGAGAUGCUGUACCGCUGCCACUUCAUCCCUCAAGUGCAUCCUAUGAUCAUGACCGGACUCGUCUUCGACAAGGAACUUAUGCUCACUUCUAUCGGUCUAAUGGAGCCGAACGUAUGCGAAUAUCGCGAGCGCCUGCUAAAGGCGUACCGCAAGGCAGUGAUCCCUCUGUACGCAUACUUGCGCGAAUACGAGUGUUACACUGAAAUUUAUAACCUUGAAGUUGAAACUUAUGUUGAGACGUUCAGGGAAGAGAAACACUCUGCGAGUGAAAUGCGCGAAGAAGUUCAAAAGCACUAUGACGCCAAGUGGGACCUGAUCUGGCGCCUGCCACAAUUCAUAGGCAUUGGGCCCUUCGCGCUCAACAUCGAUACUCUCAAGCAACAACUAAUACAUAAGCGGAAUGAUAUAAUGAACGCCCUUCUAACGAUGUGGGCAGAAGAAAUAAGACUGGUCCUAGAUGAUGUCAUUCAAGCUUACAAGAACAUAAUGCGCAAGCUAGGCGAGAAACCGAACACUAUCGAACAUGUCUUCGAGAUUCGCGAAUGGAUGGAGUCUAUUCCUUUUUUGUUGAAGCAACAGGAAGAUAUUAUGAGGAAAGUGUUUACCGAUUAUGAAGUACUAGAAGUGUUCUAUAGGCCUCUUGACGAUGACGAUUUCAAAGCUCUAUGGGAGGCCAUUGGAUGGCCCCUAAAUAUUACUAAACAGGUGGAUGUAACUUACGACUUCUUGGAAGAGGAGCAAGAGAAGUUCCUGAAGCUGCACAUGCAAGAUGAACAAGCUCUAUAUGACAAGAUCGAUUACUAUAGCGCUCAGUGCAUGGCGCUCACGCUGCAAAACGAUUUCUCUAAGGUGCAUGAGAUCGCAAACGACAUAAAGAAGGCAUGGAAAGGCAUGAAGGAUGCUCAAGACUGGGGCCGCGUGCUCAACCAGCGCCAGAAGUUGUUUGGCUUAACAGUCGUGCCCUUUAUUGACUUAAAUAAACUAGUGCGCGAGUUCGAACCUUACAAGAACCUUUGGGUUACUUCCUCUGACUUCAUGAAACACCAGGAGAUGUGGUUUGACAACCCUCUGAUGUACGUGGAUGCUGACCAGAUUGAACCGCUGGUCAAUGAUCUGUACAAGACCAUCGUGCGAUGCGUACGCACCUUCCACGACAUGCCCAAGAUCCAGGCUGUAGCUAUUACUAUAAAGGAAAUGAUAGAUACCUUCCGUCCUCUAAUCCCGGUAAUCCAGGCAGUGAGGAACCCUGGCAUGAAGGAUAGGCAUUGGGACGAAUUUAUGGAGAAAGCUGGUAUACAGGUAACAAUGAACGACAAGCAAACGUUCCAAAUGUGCCUGAAACAAGGCAUGGGCACCCAUGCCGAGUUGAUCGCGGAAAUCAGCGAGCUUGCCAGCAAGGAGUACGUCAUCGAACAGUCGCUUGACAAGAUGCUUGGAGAGUGGGGCAACAAGAUUUUGGAGCUCACGCCUUAUAAGCAGACUGGUACCUACAUAAUGAAGAUUGCAGACGAAACACUUCAGCUUCUCGACGAGCAUAUCCUGCAGACACAACAACUUGGUUUCAGCCCUUUCAAGGCUGCCUUCGAGCUACGCAUUCAGGAAUGGGAGGACAAACUACGGCUCACACAGAGGGUUGUUGACCAGUGGAUAGAAGCCCAGAAGGAAUGGAUGUAUUUGGAGCCAAUCUUCACGUCUGAGGAUAUUGCGCGGCAGUUACCCGUGGAAACGAAAAAGUAUCAAACCAUGGAGCGCAUCUGGCGUCGCAUCAUGACCACCGCUUUCUCUUGCAAUAAAGUGAUGGUAAUCUGCCCUGAUAGUCGUCUCUAUGACAGCUUAAUCGAAGCACGCCACCUCUUAUCAAUAGUAUCCAAAGGCCUCAACGAAUAUAUGGAGCUUAAGCGACUACGGUUUCCACGAUUCUUCUUCCUCAGCGAUGAUGAGUUGCUGGAGAUCUUGUCUCAGUCGAGAAAUCCGAAAGCUGUACAGCCACAUUUAAGGAAAUGCUUCGAGAACAUUGCCAAAGUAACGUUCGAAUAUGACCUAAAAAUAACGCAAAUGCACUCGAGUGAGGGUGAGAUAGUCGACCUUAAAUAUAAAUUCUACCCGAACAUUCGGUUCGCCUGA